GUGGCCCCAGUGUUUCUCGACCUCACCGCACCCGGCCGGCGUGAACGAAAGCAGCUAAGUUAUAUGGUUCUUGGACUCGCCAGUUAACAUUCGGGAUUUGAUAUUCAUUUAUCUCCUCGUAGAGCCAUAUUGCACCACCAUGGCUCUUUAUGAAUAUGUCACCCAGGAGCAGCUUGCGGGCUUCGACAAAUAUAAGUACAGUGCAGUGGACUCAAAUCCCCUGUCUGUCUACGUCAUGCACCCAUUCUGGAACUUUGUGGUAAAGUUCCUACCAACAUGGCUUGCUCCAAACCUAAUUACAUUCACAGGCUUUAUGUUCCUGGUGUUGAACUUCCUAAUGUUGGCCUUCUACGAUUUUGACUUCAGUGCUUCCACUGCAGGACAUGAACAUGUGCCUAGUUGGGUCUGGGUUGCUGCAGGGAUCUUCAACUUCUUGGCAUAUACACUUGAUGGCGUCGAUGGUAAGCAGGCACGUCGCACCAGCUCCUCCACACCACUAGGGGAGCUUUUCGAUCACGGCCUGGACAGCUGGGCCUGCAUCUUCUUCGUGGCCACCGUGUACUCCAUAUUUGGGCGUGGUGAGAGCGGCGUGAGUGUGCUCACGCUGUACUACAUCCUGUGGGUGGUGCUGUUUUCCUUCAUCCUGUCUCACUGGGAGAAAUAUAACACGGGCAUCUUGUUUCUGCCCUGGGGAUACGACAUCAGCCAAGUGACCAUUUCCCUUGUUUACCUGGUCACUGCUGUGGUCGGCGUGGAAACGUGGUACCAGCCGAUCCUGCUGCACUUUCUCUAUCGAGACCUUUUCUCCUUCAUGAUCAUUGCCUGUUCCUUCACUGUGACUUUACCCAUGAGCCUCUACAAUGUGCUGAAGGGUUACCGCAGUAACAGUCUGAAGCACAGCAGCCUUUACGAAGCGUUCCUGCCCUUCCUGUCUCCCGUCCUUCUCUUCAUCUUGUCCACCAUUUGGGUGGUGUUCUCUCCAUCCAACAUCCUCGAGCUGCAGCCCAGGAUCUUCUACCUCAUGGUGGGAACCGCAUUCGCUAACGUCACGUGUAAGCUGAUCGUGUGUCAGAUGAGUAACACGCGCUGCCAGGCGCUGACCUGGCUGUUGCUGCCCAUGUCGGUGGUGGUGAUGUUGGCAGUCACAGGGGUGGUCACUAACGAAACGCUGCUGCUGUAUGUGUGGACAGCCACUGUCAUAUUGGCACACAUACAUUACGGCGUAUCAGUGGUACAACAGCUCAGCAACCACUUUAACAUAUUCGCCUUCUCUCUGAAGAAACCCAACAGUGACUGACAGGAGGAGGAGCGAAUCGGCCUGAAAGGAGCGGAGGUUUAAGCUCCUCCCCUCCACUACUCUACCGACACUUCACUCUCAUCACCACGGAAACCACAUCCCCUGCCUGCCGUCCAUGAGGACGCUGCAAGUGGACUGGACUAUAGCCCAAUUUACUACCGUCUCCAAAAACCCAUUACAAAUACAACACAACGCACACACAUUCCUAACCAAUCAAAACUGCGGCCGUUGCCGAUGGGGGGCGGGUCCAGGGGCUGUGGCUUCCGUCACUGGUGAUUGGCUAACUUGGUUGAGCCAAUGAGGUACAAUUGUUUCCUACGGAAAUGUGCUUCGGUCAUGAGGACAGGAGCCCAGACGAGCCACGCAAACACACACACACACACACACACACACACACACACACACACACACACAAACACAUUCUGCUUUCAUGCAGAUGUUUUAUAGCUUGUGGCAGGUGUUUCAAUGCAAAGCCACACGCACACACAUACACACUGUUGCGCUCACAUAGUAUUAUGAAUGUAUAAUAUGCCUUGGGAAAACACCAUUUCAGUUAAUUUUAUCAACAGAAAGUAGUGCUAUUUCAAACCUGACCUCUUGACCUCUGGUCACAUGUGGCUCAUCCAUCCACAGCCGUGUCCACAGUAAAAAGGUUCAGUCACCUGUUCAUCACGAGAGGAUUUUCAGGUGGAAAUGUUUGUGCUAUCUUGUAAUAACUAUAUAUAUAUAUACAUAUAUAUAUAAUUUUAUAUAAAUAUAUAGUGUGUGUUAAGGGUUUGGGGCAUUUUAUUUUCAAUUAAAUCUUUAAAAAUUAUGAUUGAUCCCGUAUAAUUUAUAAAAAAUUACCUCUAAUUCAACUCUGCAAUGGUGGCGGUCAUAAGUAACCAACCAGGGCAAAUAUUGACCAGGAUAACCUCUGACCGUUUGACGUCUACUAAUCUUUGACCUCUGUCUGAGCACUGGCCUCUUUGCUCUCCUGAAUCUCUGAGGUGUCGUGGGUUCGCGCUGAUUCGUUCAUUGUUUUUCAACUCCUUGAUAUUAUUUGUCGGUCACGUCGCCACGGCAUUGGUGUGUGGUUAAGUUUCCCCCCCAGCGCUUGAAUGAAGAGUGCCUCCAAAAGCCGGCAACGGAGCGGACUCACUCUGAGGGAACAAGCUGCUGCACAGGACACCGCAAACACCACAGAACACUGCCUGGUGUCACACUCACUCACACACACACGUUCACACCCUUUAUACUGUCUUAAGUGUAACUUGUGUAAUGCUGCCUUUGUUUUGGUUUUUCAGUCUGUUCAACACUGAUCCUCAGUAUGAUUCUUACUAUGUUUAAGAAGAUGGAUGUUCAGUCGUGUACAGACUGGACUCUCGUACUGUUUUUUUUUUGUUUUACUUCUAGGCCAAAGGAGACGAGACAUUCUGUCAUUGUUUUUCAUGUCGUAACAAUCAGUCUGUAGGUUGACAGAGUCGUUUAUUUUUCUGGGUAAACCUCACCGUUUAGAAUCCUGCCUGCACAACCGUCAUGUCCGCCUGAAAGGACAUUUAUGUAGAAAGGAACAAAAAAGUCUCAUCACAAUUUGGCCUAAAAAAAAAAGGAGUCCACGUCUUAGUUUAAACUUUCAUACUCUAGUUCUCUACCGAAACUGGAAGAGGCUGGUGCGUCUACGGUUUACAUGCCAUGCUUCCCUGUCACCAGACAACAGGAACAUGUGCUGCACUUUCACUUGUUUAUGACGUUAUACAGUUAAAAUAAACCAGAACAAUAACAGUGUGGGAAUUAUCUUACUUGCCGUGUGAAUGUUAUGUUUAUUUGGGAGUUCCUGUACUUGUCUUUGAUUUGACUGAAGUCCACAGUCGCACUCCUAAUGUCUGCAUGAUGCAACAGAAACAUCAGGUACACACAUGUCGAUCUUUUUAAACAUUUUCGCCUCAGUGUCGACUCGUUCUGUCGCUCGUCUGUUUUGUACAACGGUAAACAUGGAGGUACGAACCCUGUCGUGUCCCCGCAGUACCAGAGAUCCAAUCCUACUGCCGUAACAUCCAGCAGAGCAGAUCGCGCUGAGAGCUCAUAUGCAGUUCUAAAGCACAUUGUAAUCUGUAAUUUUAAAUUAGUUUUUUUUAAUGAAGCCCCAUAUCUGUGACUGUGAUGACCAUAGAUUGUAGUGAUGUGAGAACAACUGAUUGUGAGAUUUUGCCACCAAAACCGCUUUUCUUUUCUUUUUUUUUGGGUGCAAAGCACUGUCUGGGUAUGUGCAGAUCCAUGUGUGCUGUUAAUGUAUGGAUGUAUACUCUGUAUGUGUGAAUAUCUGUGUAAAUACAUACAUAAUGUCUUCAGUUUUGUUUUAUUUUUUUGUUCUAAAACAAGAUAAAUGCUCAAUUAGAUUUUUCUCUUCUUUUUUUUCCCAAACCCUUCACAGCUGAACUUAGAGACCAGGAGCAGUUUCUCUAUAUCUUACUAGAGUUUUUGGACAAAUUUCCAUCUCUGCUGCUGCUGCUCGACUUUUGCAAAAAUGAAGUUCAAUGCAAACAAGCAUUUCAUAUAUUUACAAAAAAAAAAUUCUAAAACUUUCUUUGCUGCUUUAACUGGGGCAGAUUUGCAGCGUGCACCUCAGCUUUACUCAACUCUUUCUCGGACAAACUGCCCUCUCGUCGAACCUCCUGGAUUAAUGACCCAAGCCUUUCAAAUUGUGACUAAUUUGUUGUAUAAUGCUGCUCUGACAAACACUUCAGGGCUUCAGUGUGGCUGCUUGUGAUGUUGUAUUUAACUAGUGAAAGAAAGGACUGUUGGGAAAUAAAUGUAUUUGUUUUUCUUUAA